AUGGAAGGAGAAAAAGAGAAGGAAGCCGGAGACGAAGGAGAAAAAUUGAAGGAAGCCAGAGAAGAAGAGAAUGAGCCCAAAGAAGGGGAAGAGGAAAUGGAGCCCCGGAAAAACGACGAAGAAGCUGAUGAAAGGGCGAUCCAAUUGGUACGACAACAUGAAACUGAGUCGCAUGCAGCGUUUGUAGAUGACGAAGAAGAAGGCAUGCAACCGCUGAAGUUGCACUUUCCUUCAAGCCAGUAUCAAAAGUCUUUAAAGCUUUCAGGAAAAUGUUACAUUGACACGGCGAUAAGUAAUAUACAAACAAUCCUGAAAGAGAAGGAGGUGGAAUGGGUACCAUACGCUGCCCUGGAGGAGAAGAUGUUGGCAAUGAAAUCAAAGCCAUCUGAGGAUCGUAAGAAGAUGGCCGCUCUGUACUUCUUAGCCAGCAUCCUCGUCGGAGGCCGAAAGAGGGGUGAGGGAGCAUCACCUGUGGACAAUUUCUUCAUGACUGUUGUUGAUGACCUAGAUGCGUGUGUAACGUUCCCUUGGGGGCGGUAUGCAUUCGAACAUAACUUGAAGGAUGUCUUUAGCUUCUUGGAGAAAUGCAACGGGGUUACGCCGACGAGUUGGGUUUUUACAAGCUUUCCUAUCCCUUUGGAGUUGUUGGCCUUUGAGGCAGUGGUUGCCCAGGAUGGUGGUGAUAAGGAGUCGGAGACGGAUGAUGGUGGUGAUAAGGAGUCGGAGACGGAUGAUGGUGGUGAUAAGGAGUCGGAGACGGAUGAUGGUGGUGAUAAGGAGUCGGAGACGGAUGAUGGUGGUGAUAAGGAGUCGGAGACGGAUGAUGGUGGUGAUAAGGAGUCGGAGACGGAUGAUGGUGGUGAUAAGGAGUCGGAGACGGAUGAUGGUGGUGAUAAGGAGUCGGAGACGGAUGAUGGUGGUGAUAAGGAGUCGGAGACGGAUGAUGGUGGUGAUAAGGAGUCGGAGACGGAUGAUGGUGGUGAUAAGGAGUCGGAGACGGAUGAUGGUGGUGAUAAGGAGUCGGAGACGGAUGAUGGUGGUGAUAAGGAGUCGGAGACGGAUGAUGGUGGUGAUAAGGAGUCGGAGACGGAUGAUGGUGGUGAUAAGGAGUCGGAGACGGAUGAUGGUGGUGAUAAGGAGUCGGAGACGGAUGAUGGUGGUGAUAAGGAGUCGGAGACGGAUGAUGGUGGUGAUAAGGAGUCGGAGACGGAUGAUGGUGGUGAUAAGGAGUCGGAGACGGAUGAUGGUGGUGAUAAGGAGUCGGAGACGGAUGAUGGUGGUGAUAAGGAGUCGGAGACGGAUGAUGGUGGUGAUAAGGAGUCGGAGACGGAUGAUGGUGGUGAUAAGGAGUCGGAGACGGAUGAUGGUGGUGAUAAGGAGUCGGAGAGAGAUGAUGGUGAUGAUGAUGAAAUUCUCGAUAUUACAAAGGAAAUAUAUAGCGAACAUGAUGGUGAUAGUGAUGGUGAUGGUGAUGUUGACAUGGAUGAUGAUGAUGCAGAGAUGUAUGCACAUGCUGACGAGGUCGAGAGAAAUUUAGAGGAUAAGGCAGAGACUGAGAAGGCAAGGACUGCGAAGGGUUGCGAAAAUGUGAGGAGUCCCAUUAAUACAAGAAGCAUGGCAGCGGAGGAGGCAGCCGAGAAGAGGACCAGAGGUCCAAAGAAGCAGAAGAAGCAGAAGAAGCAGAAGACAAAGAAGGUAGGCAAGAAGGCAGCAGCUGAGAAGGAGGCAGCUAAGAAGGCACCAACUAAGAAGGCAUCAGCUGAGGAGGACGCAGCCUAG